CGUGUCGGGGUCCCAGUCCGACCGCGGUCUCUGUCGCGUCAGUACGCGGUGUCUGUUGCGCGGUACCAAAAAGUUUGCGUUUGUGCUUGUGUUGGUGGCCAGUGAUUCGGGAAUUGUAUAGAAAUCUCACCAUGGACGACUGAACACGAAUAAAAAGUGCUACCAAUAAUUUAAGUGAACAAACCAAGACUGAUAGUGAAUAAAAUAAAUUUAGUGCCACCACAAUGGAGUUUAGGUCACAGUUUUUGGCGACUGCAGCUCUUCUUGUCAUAAUCGCGUCAUCAUGGUGCGAGGGCGCGCGCGACGCGUCAUGUCCCAGGAUCUGCGGACCAGCCCUGCAGGGAGAACCGGUCUGCGCCACUGAUGGAUACAUCUACCCUUCGCUUUGUGAGAUGAGGAAGAAGACUUGUGGAAAAGGCGUCCGACUGGCCCCCGACCAGGGUUCGUGCUCGCGGGCCCAGGGGUCCAAGUGCGAGCACCGCUGCACCUCCGAGCGGGACCCUGUCUGCGGCACUAACGGGAGGACCUACCUGAACCGCUGCAUGCUGCAAGUUGAGAUUUGCAGAGUGGGCAUUGGCCUGUCCCAUCUCGGAGCCUGCAACAACAUCAGCGCUCAUCGUGAGAACUGCCCCGUGGAUUGCUCUCAAGCGCCGCUGGAUGGCCCCAUCUGCGGGUCAGAUGGGAACGUCUACAAGAGCACUUGUCAGAUGAAGCUGCUUACUUGUGGACAAGGAGUCGUGAGAACCAGCAAAAAGCAUUGUCAAACUACCCGCCACUGCCGCGAGUCGUGCUGGCGCGUUGCUAGGCCCACGUGUGGCUCUGAUGGGAAGCUCUACGCGAAUGCCUGUAGGAUGAAGGCCACGAAUUGUGGCAAACACGUGUUCGAAGUACCGAUGGCAUUCUGCGUGUCCCAAGAGCGGACGUCUGGCGGGGAGCCGUGUCCCACUGACUGCUCGGGACAGAAGGAGAAGCUGGUCUGCGGGUCAGAUGAGAGCAUCUACAGGAACGAGUGCGAGAUGAAAAUGCUGAACUGCGGAGUCAGCAACAGGAAGAUAGUUAAGAAGGUGGACAUGGAGAAGUGCCGGUCGAAGAUGAACAAAUGCCUGCGCGUGAAGUGCUCGGCCGACUACGACCCCGUGUGCGGCACCGACGCCAAUGUGUACAACAACCCCUGCCUACUGAAAGUGGCUACUUGCCUCAAAGGCGUGCAACUGGCCCACUUCGGAAACUGCACGGUGCUGCCCAAACUCGAGAUUGACUGCCCCGACGACUGCGAGAAUGACAUCGAAAAACCCAUCUGCGGCUCCGACGGAAACGUUUACAAAUCGAAAUGCGAACUCCGCCGCCUGACUUGCGGUCAGCACGUGGUUGCGGUCUCAGCAGCCCACUGCCGCACCACGGCUCUCUGCAACGAGCCCUGCCCCGAUACGCCUGCAUUCGUUUGCGGGUCCGACAACAAGUUUUAUAAGAACGAGUGUAUUAUGAAGAAGGAGAACUGCGGCAAACACGUGUACGUGGUGCCCCUCAAGCGCUGCCUAUCCCGGUUCCAAUACGCCGGCUGCGCACGCGUCUGCCCGCCCGAGUACGACCCGGUCUGCGGCACUGAUGACAAGACCUACUCCAACAAGUGCUUCUUGGAGAUGGAGAACUGCCGGUCUAGGAGUCUGGUCUCUCUCAAAUACUUGGGCACGUGCGCCGAGCCGAUCGCCGAGGAGCCUAAGAACUACCUUUACCGAUAAACUAUCGAUAUUUAUACAUCAGUAUCGAUAAUCGCUUUACCCCAUAUCGUGCUGUAUCUAGAGUUCAUUGUAAAACUUAGUGCCAACUCUUUUAAUGUAGGACAAUUGAUUUGUUUUGGUAACUUUGUCAUUUCUUAAAAAUUGAGUUUUAGGCUACAUUUUUUGUUAUUUUGGACCUUAAACCAAGGAGAUAAGGUUUAUAAUAUGGAAUUGUGUAAUAAACCAAGUAUAAAAACAUUAGCUUUUUGAAAUGACAAAGGAACAAUCAAUAUAAAUCAAUUCAUAAGAAUAUGUACAUUUAUUUAAUGACCAACUAAUAUGAAUUUUCGUCUUCCAUUUAUCGCGUUUUUAAUAUUAAGAAUUUUGUAUUUUAUGGUAAUCAGUACAAAAGUUUGAUAGAAUCAUUCAGAAGUUUUUGAGUCCACGAUUUUUGGCGACCUGUUCACUCUUCAAAAUAAAAACUGCGCCAAAAAUACUCAAAUCAAAAAAAAAAACUUUUUCUUAGUAAUACACUAACUUACUCUAAAGUUAAACCUAAAAAGGUUUUUGACUGUUUAUUUAUUUUCUAUUUAUUGACUAAAAGUAAAUAGUUUAAGUGAUUUGUAAAUAAUUAGUGAAUUUUCGUCAUAAUUACAUUUAAUGAUAAUAUUUAUUUAUUCGUUUUUAGAUUUCGAUGCAUUUAGAAAAAAAGACUAUUUAAUUUUUACUAACUGAAAUAUUUUGAUUUGUGAGUUAUGUCAUUUUCUUUUUUGUGUGCUCAGUGUUGUAUUGUUAUUAAUAAAAAUGAAACAAUGUAGAAUUAUCUGCCUAAAUGCUGUUUGGCAUUGCUUGGUAUUGUUUAAAAUUAAAAAUGCUAAUAAUAGUUAAUUGUGAUACAUUACUACAAUAAUUGUAUGGGUAAUCCAAAUAUAAAUACCUUUACUGUAUGUAACAAUCACCAUUCUCUGAAAUAAUUCACUGCCAUAAGACAAUAUUUCGUAAUAAAAUGUAAAACCACGUAAUUUUUUAUACAAGAAAUACUUAACUUCAUAUUAACCUGUACAAUCGAGUAUUUUAACGAAAUAAUAAAUGAAAAAACGUUUUUAAA